AUGUAUACAAUUUAUGGAUUUGAUAGUUUUUCAAAAGGAGAGUAUUUAGAUUUUUUCACAAAAUUAUUAUUAUCAAACUACGUGAAAGAGAUUGAACAUGUUUUAAAUCAACCAGAUCCAUCUUUAUUUUAUUCUUUAAUAGUAGAAUUUUCACAAAUUUUAGAAGGUGAUGUUAAUUUUGGACCAUUAUUUAUAGCAGAACCAAGUAAAUUAUUACCAAUUUUUAAUGAAGCAUUAUUAAUUGCACAAGAAAAGAUUGUUGAAUUAAAUAAUAUUCAACAUAUUAAACAAAGUAAUUCAUUUUCUCAAACAUCAUCGUCAUCAUCAGUGAUUUUCAACAACACAAGAAAUAGAAAUAUAAUAAAGAGAAAUUGUAGAAUUAGGGUAUGUGAUUUACCAAAGUUUAAAGAGAUAACACAUUCAUCAUUACCUCGAUCAAAUGAUGUUGGUUUAUUUGUUGAAUUUCGUGGCACUGUAAUUAGGUCGGGUAAUACUAGAGUAUUAGAGAAAACAAAGAGAUUCGAAUGUGCUAAAUGUUCACACAAUUUUCAAGUUACCAUUGAUUUCGAACAAUUCAAUCAAUACAGUGUGCCAAAGAAGUGUCCGAAUCCCGAUAUCAAUUGUGCAAAUAGUUACAACUUUAAGCCACUAGAAGCAGUUGGUGAGCAUUGCGAUUAUCAAGAGAUAAAAUUGCAAGAGCAAAUCCAUCAAUUGGGUGCAGGCUCUAUACCAGGCUCGAUCAUUGUACUACUUCAAGAGGAUCUAGUUGACCAAUGCCAAGCUGGUGAUGAUAUCAUAGUUAGUGGUAUUGUAAUUAGACGUUGGAAAUCAAUUAAAAAUGAAGAACGUUGUGAUAUUGAAGUUGUAUUAUUAGCAAACUAUAUCAAAGUUAUGAAUGAACAAAAGUUUGCCGCUGGUAUCACCGAUGAAAUUAGAAGACAAUUUGAAGAGUUUUGGCUACAACAUGAUAAAAACCCACUACUUGCUAGAAAUAGAAUAUUAAAACAAGUUUGUUCUGGUGUUUAUGGUUUAUUUGUUGUAAAACUAGCUUUGUUAUUAAUACUAAUUGGUGGUUGCAAUAUUGAUGAUGCUGAAACUGGUGCAAAGAAAAGAGGUGAAUGUCAUUUGUUAUUAGUUGGUGAACCUGGUACAGGAAAGAGUCAAUUCUUAAAAUUCGCCGCCAAAUUAGCUCAAAGAUCAGUUUUAACCACUGGUAUUGGUACAACAACUGCUGGUUUAACAGCUGCAUCCGUAAAAGAACCUGGUAGUGGUGAAACAGUAUUGGAGGCUGGUGCAUUGGUGUUGGCAGAUGGUGGUGUUUGUUGUAUCGAUGAAUUUAGUGGUAUUAAAACAAAAGAUAGAGCGACCAUUCAUGAAGCAAUGGAACAACAAUCAUUAUCAAUUGCCAAAGGUGGUGUCAUAAGUAGGUUACAUACUCGUACUAGUAUUAUAGCUGCAACCAAUGCCAAAGGUAGAUAUGACCCAAAUGAAACCCUCACUGUUAAUACAAGUUUAGCAACUCCACUAUUAAGUAGAUUUGAUAUUAUAAUUCUUUUAACCGAUAAUCAAGAUCCAAAUUGGGAUGAACAAGUUUCUGAAUUCAUUUUAAGACAAGCAAUGAUUUGUGGUGGUGGUGGUGGUGGUAAUAAUUUAAACUAUAAUGGUCAACAACAAUCGGGUACUGUGAAUAAUGAUUUUCAUGACGAUUUUUGGAAUUUAGAAAUGUUACAAUCUUAUAUUUAUUAUGUUAAAGGUAGUUUUAGACCACAAUUAACAGAUGCAAGUAAAAGAUUAAUUGAUGAAUAUUUUAGGAAACAACGUUCAAGUGUUGCAAAAGCAAAUGAAUCAAGAACUACGAUUAGAUUAUUGGAGAGUUUAAUUCGUUUAUCACAAGCUCAUGCAAGAUUAAUGUUUAGAAAUACUGUAGAGAUACAAGAUGCUGUAAUAGCCAUUUUCAUGUUAGAAUCUUCAAUUGAAUCAAAUUGUAUUUUUGCAAAUUUAAAUGCACAACAUUCAGAUUUCCCUGAUAAUCCCGAAGAAGAUUAUGACCUUUUAGAAAAAAAAAUUAAAAGUUCACUUGGUUUAUCAAAAUUAGUUUCAAAUAUUUCACCAAGAAGAAUUACAAAACCAAAACCUUCAACUCAUAAAACAAAUUCAAAUUGGGUUAAUGAAGAUGAUAAUAAUGAUGAUGAUGAUGAUGAUGAUGAUGAUAAUGAUGAAGAGGAAGGUUACUACUAUGAAGAAGGUGAAGAUGGUGAAGGUUAUGAAUAUGAAUAUGAAGAAGAAGAAGAACAAGUUGGUACUAAAGUUGGUAACAAAGUUGAUAAUAAUAAUAAUAAUAAUAAUAAUAAUAAUAAUAAUAAUAAUAAUAAAAACAAUAAUACUAAAGUUGACGAAGAGCCACAACUUGAAGAUUUUGAAGAUUUACAACAACAAGAACAACAAAAAGAACAACCAGUUGAUAAUGACGCAUUUUUUGAAGAGUUAAAUGAUUCUAUUCAUCAUGAAAUGGAGCAAAUGGAUGAAAACUGGGAGGUUGACGGAAACGGAUCUCCCCUUCCAUCUUGGGCUGAAGAUACUCAAUAUUCUCAACCAAAAGAAUCAAAACAACAACAACAACAACAACAACAACAACAACAACAACAACAACAACAACAACAACAACAACAACAACAACAACAACAACAACAACAACAACAACAACAACAACAAAAUCAGCAGCAAUCUGGAGUUCAAGAAAAACAUCAAAAAACAGUUGAAUCACCUCCAAAACUAACGACACAAGGAAAUCCAUGUUCAAUGGAUCAAACACCAAUAACUCUAUGCCAAGACACACCACAAAAGACUCCACAAACAUUUAAACAGCAAACUCCCAUACCAUCACUUCAACAACAACAACAAAGAGAAAUUGAGUUAUCUCAAACAUCUUCACUUUCUCAAUUCGAUUCACUUUCCCCAUUUCUUCCAAGCGUUAGAAACAUACCAAUUGUUUCGUCAUCAUCUAAAGUAACCAAUACCUUUGAAUCAUCAUUAUCAUCAAAAAUCAACACCUCCACAAUUUCAAAACCAGCUUUAUCAACACCUAUAGAUGAUCUUGAUGAUCUUGAUUUCUGCUCUGAUAUUAGAGGUUCAACUAAACAAAAAACUCCAAACUUUUCAUUCAAUACCUCGGCCUCUAAUAAUAAUAAUAAUAAUAAUAAUAAUAAUAAUAAUAAUAAUAAUAAUAAUAAUAAUAAUAAUAAUAAUAAUAAUAAUAAUAAUAAUAAUAAUAAUAAUAAUAAUAAUAAUAAUAAUAAUAAUAAUAAUAAUAAUAAUAAUAAUAAUAAUAAUAGUAAAAGUAAUAACAAACCAAGUAACAAUAUCAACAACAAUAAUAAUAAUGGAAGUAAUCUUUCAGGAUUUGAUGAUUUAAGUUAUUUGGAAGAUGAUGAAAUAUUUUCAUCACAAAAACCAAAGAGUCAAGCAAGUGUUACCAGUAAAUUAAAUACUAGUAUUACAGAUAAAAUGGUUUCAGGAAUUUCAAAACUCAAUACUCAAGACAGUGAGCUUUUGUCACAAAGAGCCAUCGCAAAGGAAAUAGGUGGAGGUGGUGAUUGGGGUGACGAAGAUGACGACGAAGAAUUUUCAAUCUUUAGUGAACAAAAUAAAUCAAACAAUGUAAAUAGUAAUAAUAAUCAAGUUAAUCGAAAUGUAGAUAAUAAUAAAAAUAAUAACAAUAACAAUAAUAAUAAUAUUAUUAAUAAUGAUAACACCAAUAAUAAUAACAAUAAUAAUAAUAAUAACGACAAUGAAGAUGAUAGUCUUGAUGAUUUUAAUUGGUCACAAUAA